AUGUUGACGUGCUCACAUGGUUUUCUUCGGCAUCAAGUUCUUCGUCUAUGAUACUUUUAAAACAAUAUAUAUUUAAGAAUAAACCUCACGAUAUCAAACCGAGAUGUCUGCGUCGCUGGUGAGGAGAGGACUGGAGCUGCUGGGCGACGACAUUAAAGUGAAGAAGAAGAAGAAGCCUCAGCGGACGCCGAGCUCGGCCGCCGUCAUGGAGCUGGUCGGCACCAAGCGGCAGGGCGUGACCCGGCAGGUGAAGCGGCUGCAGGGCCGCCUCGGCCCCGGGAAGAGCAAGGCGACCGUCAAGGACAAGAGGAUCAAGUCCGCAGUGGAGGAGUUCAGGAAGAGUCGGGGGAAGAGCCAGCUGAGCAGGAACCUGGCCUACUUCAUGAAAGCCGACCACAAAGCAACAGAUUCGGACACACUGAAGAUCAUGAACCACAUCUCAGGCAGACAGUCGAGGAAUCGUCCCGACCGAACGCCCAAGAAGCCCAAAGAGGAGGCGUCGCUGUUCACAGAGGAGGAGUUCCAGCAGUUCCAGAAGGAAUACUUUGGCAGGACAGUGGAGCAGAAGAAGUGAGAAGGACCGGGGAGCCGUGGGAAGACGGUGGAGGACAUGGAGGUGGACCAGAUCGUGUUCCGGACGCUUCAGGCUGGAGGCCGUCUGGGAGAUCACGGCUCGCUACUUCAUCAAAGACACACGCUUUUUUCUUCUGUGCUGACUUUAAAAACCAACAGGCUUCAGUGUUUCUGUCUGGAAUGUUCAAAACCACCGAGUUGAAGUGGUCGGUUACUGUUGACCUUCUAACAUCGCUCAACAAAUCUGGAAUCUCCUUCCUUGCUUCCUUGUGACUGAAAAAUAGAGACACAGUGCGACGACUGUCUCUUCCUCUUCUUCCUGAAAUUUCUAUGUUAAACAGUCAGAAAAGGAAUAAAGAUGAAACAUUUCCACUGUAUUUUCAUCACAUUCACAGCUCAAUGAAGUUCCCUCAGUUUGCCUCAUUUAUACAUUAAGAAAUGCAGUAAAUUUGCAGAUUUAGAAUUAUUUACUGAGUACAGCCGUUAUUUCAAAGGGAAGGACAUUGCCAAAAGGAGAGAGAAAAAAAAAAGCAAUGCACAUGAAGUAAAGAAAUGUUGAAACAGCAAAUUACAGUAGAAACACACAAAACGCG